AUGGAUCUGCGCAAAACUAACACUGUACCAAUAAUUUCAUUCACCACCCAUUCUAUCUAUCUAUCUAUCUAUCUAUCUAUCUAUCUAUCUAUCUAUCUAUCUAUCUAUCUAUCCCUCCCUCCCUCUAUUUCUCUCUCUUUCUCUCUCUAUAUGGAAGUUUCUUCGUUAUCUAUCGAAUCUCAGUUUUCCCUGCUGAGAAAUUAUACAUUAUUAGAGAUGGCAGCCGAUGACAAUAUAUUCAGACAUGUGAUUUCAAACUGUGCCUAUUCCUAUCUAUCUAUCUAUCUAUCUAUCUAUCUAUCUAUCUAUCUAUCUCAGCCUAUUCCUAUCUAUCUAUCUAUCUAUCUAUCUAUCUCAGCCUAUUCCUAUCUAUCUAUCUAUCUAUCUAUCUAUCUAUCUAUCUAUCUAUCUAUCUAUCUAUUUCACCCUAUUCCUAUCUAUCUGACUACCUGCGCCUCUGUUUCUCUAUCUAUCUAUCUAUCUAUCUAUCUAUCUAUCUAUCUAUCUAUCUAUCAAUCUAUCUAUCUGAAUGAGUGCCUAUCUGUCUAUAUACCAUCUGUUUGUUCGCAUCCGUCUAUCUAUCUGUCUGUAUGCCUAUCUAUCUAUCUAUCUAUCUAUCUCUCUAUCUAUCUUUCUAUCUAUCUAUCUAUCUAUCUGAAUGAGUGA